UUAUGUAGGAGUAUAGGGACUAUUCAUGCAGUUCAGUCAUUGAAAAUUGAAGAUCGAAUGAAAUCAGUUACGAUUACGAACAAGAUUGGAGGGAAGAGGAGACCCCGGAAACGUCGCCGGUCCUGCAUUUUCAUUCUCUCAGAUUUGAAGACAGAAAGAGGCUGCUGAUUCCUUGUCUGGCUGAGGCUACGGGUCGCCGUGGCCGGAAAUCAACAGUCUCUUCGAACGAAUCUUAUCGGUUUCAUAUGGUUAUCAUCUCAAUCCUUGCUUGCUUCUUUUCUUUUAACUCGUAUUCUCCGUAUUAGUCGCCGUAGCCGAGGGUUUAAGGUGUCUAUUUCUUCGUGUUUUUUUUUUUUUUUUUAAAUGUUCAUGUAGGUUUUAAUCCAUUAUGAGAACCUUAUACGCUGAUAACAAUUGGAGGAUUAUGAAUUUAUAAUUACGUGCUAUAUCUUGUGGCAUUGAAUUUCUCCUUCCAUAAACUAUCACAAUGAAGAGAAACGGAUAUCCAGAGCCAGAAGGGCCUUAAUCAGGGUCCAAUUUCCAUUUAGGUUUUUUCAAAUUUAUAUUCAAUAAUCCAUUUAUAAUGACUGAUCUCUUCUUGUUGUUAUUCAGCAAUCGGAAUUUUACUAUAAUCUAUUCUAGGAACUUCAUACAAUGCUAGAAGUAAACCCUGAAGUUUUUCUUUACAUUAUGCAGUUCUAAUCCAAAUAUCUCUGUAAUUUCAUAUGGGAUCUUUGGAUACCAAAUCAGACCCGAUAAUCUUGGAACCAAAGCAUGAAACAGGAAGCAAUAAGAUUGAACCAGUGGUAGAUUCUUCCACUACUUCUGAUAAAAACGAUCUAUUAGAAUUGAUAAGUGCAAGUGACAGUGAAGAUGACGACAAAAAGAUAUUCCCACAUGCCUCACCUUCUUCCACCAUCUCAUCAAUCGAUUCCACAUUAAAAGAUUCCUGUCAAGAUUCUGAUAGCAAAAAUGGUGGAAAAGUCAAUGAAGGUAUCGAUUACACUUCUGAAACUCCUCCUAUCCAAGUCAUGGAAAGGCCAACAACCCCAAAAUACCGAAUACCAUCUUCUGUUUUUGCUAGAAAGCAAUCUAAAAGUCAAGAUUGGGCCAUGGCUUCAAAUGAGUCUUUAUUCAGCAUUCAGAUGAGUUUCAACUACCAAGAUAGCAUCAACUGGAAAUCAGGAGACCUUGAAAGAUAUAUACAGGAGGUCGAAACCAUUCCUGAAUCGAAUGAAACGGGUAAAACCCGCGGGUCAGAAACAGGAAAGGACCACGAGUUAUGUGAUGAGGGUAAAAGUCCUGAACUGAGCGGAGAGGAUAAGAAUCAGAGUUUGGGUGAUGUAAGUAAGAAUAAGAAUAAGAAUCACGGAUCAAGUAUUCCAGAUGAACCCGUGAAUCCAAAUUCACAAGAAAAUCAAGGAAGGAAAUCUGUUGUUGAUGAUCGUAUUUCUCAUCUUUCUGCAGAAAGUGAAAGUGCAAAAUCUUUUACAUUUCCAGUUUUGACAGGAGACACAGAUAAAGAUGGAGUUAGGAUGACUACUGGUUCGUUGGAAGCAAUCUCAGAAACAGAAAGGGAACACCACCCUGAACCAGAGAAACAGCCCCAGCCCAAGGCAGCAACAACUUGGACAAACUGCUUUGGGUGUUGUACAUUUUGUUCUUGAGUUUGAGUUUUGACAACAAUUGUUGAAUUCAUUGUACAAAUAGGCCCUUGUACUGUUUGUCCCCCUUCUGUUGUGAUUUCUAGGCUUGCCAUUCCUGUUACAACUUACAAGAGGGGCAAAAGAAGGAAGAAAAAUGAGAAAUAUUGUGAUUGAAACAGAAGGAAGUGAUGUUUUUGAUCGUAGCAUCAUCCUGAUAAAGUAGGUUUUCAUUCUAGCUAAAUAGUUCCUUUUUUUUUUUUUUUUUUUCAGUCAAGUGUAAGCAAUUGGUGUAUGGAUUUUUGACAUAGUUAGAUUUUUUAUCGCUUUUAAUGCAUGGUGGUAGCAUGGUUUUUCAAAUUUUGUUUCUCAUGUUAAAUAAGAUGACGUGGCAGAGGGUUUGGGCAAAAAGGUGUUUGUUUGUUGUACGUGGUUUCCAAAAACACAAAUACUCAAGUGUAAUGGUUACGGGUAACAUGACAUCAAACCAUUGGUAACCGGCAACACCUAUUUAACUCAAACGUUUUUUUUUUCUUUUAA